UAGAAUAGCUUGUGUGAUAUCGGCCAGCAGCUUUUCAAAUGGAAAUACCAGCGGAGACAGUGCCAAAAAUUGAAACCGAAAUUUUCCGGUUUGAAAUAUUUGGGCGUUUAUAUCGCUUGUGAUGCAACCGAAACAAAUAAAUUUUGUGUUUUGAAUUUACUCAAGUUGAGAAAGUUCAAAAUUCAAUUGACAAGGAAGUCGCGAUCAAAACACUGGAAACAAUGAAACAACGCAUAGUAGAAAACUUCAAACAGGGUAGUAAUUGAAUAAAUGCAAUAAUAAAUAUUCUAUCCCGAAUUUGAAACAAUAGGUGACCAAACUUCACCAAUGGAUUAAUUACUGAAUUUCGAAAAAUAUGUACACUCUAUUUCAAACUUCAGAAAUUUGAGAUUUAAAAGUUUUAAUUUGAAAAUUUUAAAUGUCGAGAAGACUUUUCUGAAUGCCUUUUGUCUGAUUUUAGUUCUCAACAGUAGAUCUAGAUGGUGUAUCCCACGUCUAUUACCUAUGAGUUGCAGAAGAUGCCAUCCCCGGAGUGUGAAAGCCAUAGGCGUGCACUCCAGAGGAAGUUGGCAGAUUCGAUCAAGAAAAUGGUACCAUUAGACGAUAUCAGGAUUAUAUUAGCUGAAGGAGCAAAGGUGAACGAGCCCGUCGUUCAAGGUCUCAGACCGCUGCAUUAUGCUGUUUGGCAGAGAUACUUGGAAGCUACUCAGCUACUUCUGACAAGAGGUGGCGACGUCAAUGCUGUCGACGAGUGUGGUUAUAGUCCGUUGCAUCUUUCGGCAGAGUAUGGAUACACCGAAGUGGUGCGCCUCCUUCUCAAAUGCGGCGCAAAGGUGGAUUAUCGUCCUGAAACAGGCGAGGAAUUUCCCAAGACUAUGCAAGGCGAUGAGCCCUUACGUUUGGCUAUACGCAAUAAACAUAUGGAUAUUGCUAGACUACUUCUUGAGCAUGGCGCAGAUCCCAACAAAAGAUACUUUUUUGGGGCGGAGAUCAACCUCGUUACGGAUCUGGACUUUUUAGAACUCUUGCUGAAUUUUGGAGCCAAUCCUGACAGCAGAGACAGAUGUGGAUUGACGCCACUGAUGAAGGCUGUACGACAAGGAACGAAGGGUAUGCCAACAGCCCUCCUUCUAUUAAAGUAUGGCGCAGAUGUAAAUGCAAUAACAGAUGAACGUAAUGAUUUCAGAACGGUUCUCCACUACGCUGUUUCUUCUGGUAAUUACGACAUGAUAAACCUUGUAAUAAAGCAAGGAGCCAGACUGAAUUACGAAGAAGGUUAUGACUUCGAGAAGCCAAGCCCCUUAGACCUGGCUAUCUUGAAGGGUGAUCCUAAGAUCGUUGAAUUACUUAUCAAAUCAGGUGCUGAUGUCAACAGCAGCUCUCCACUUAUCGGCUCUCCCUUGCAUGUGGCUAGUGCAGAUCACAUCCUCAAUAGAUAUGAAAUUCUACAGAUGCUCUUGAAAGCAGGAGCAAACCCCAACCUCAAGGUUUUCAACGAUAUCAACGUCAGAAAUUCCCAGUUGAGACCAGUUCUUGUUGAAUACUUGGCUAGGAACGAGGAGCCUGAUGUUAGGAUAGUGGAUCUCCUCCUGAAAUAUGGGGCGAAGGUGAUCAUGAAAACUCAGUUCAGAGAUCCAGAUGGUAUAUUGAACUCCCUAGAGAACGUUGUAUCUUCCAACAGUGACGCUGUAUUCUUCUUGCUUUUGGAAGCUAGCGAAGCCUUUGAUCCAUGUAUGAUAAGAAGAAAUAAAGAUUUAACACCAAGUCAAAAAGCAGCUUUGUUGGAACUGGCCAGAUAUCCCCUAAGCCUAAGGAGACAGGUUAGACUCUAUUUGCGAAGAAUUCUAGGGCCAAAUCUUUUGGAAGAGGCUCCUAAGUGGGAUAUACCGACAUGUCUUAUAAAAUACCUUUUAUUUGAAUACUAGAUGUUUUUAUCAUCGCUUAUUAUUCUCUGUGUUAAAUAUGUUAACCUAUAUGUGAUAAUUAUUACCACAACUAUGAAUAACUAAAGGGCUUUUGACUUUAAUAAGUAGGUAAAAAUUUUUAAUUAUACAGUCAAAAUUCACAUAGCAAGCAAGAAUGCAGUGGAAUUUAUUUUACCUCUUGAAAUGAAUAAAGGAUUAAUAUUUUUCUAUAGAAAUGUUUAUGCUUAAUCAGGAUAUAGUAAGUUGCUGUGUGAUAUUUUUUUAGCUGAAUUAAUGUAGGGACUUGAUUUUGUAUAUUUUUACCCUUUGUAUGAUGUCAUACUGAAUAAAUUAAUGAAAGACUUA